CUGCUUUGGAAGCUGUCGUGAGGAGUGAGUCGCUGGCUUCGAGCCGAUUUAUCCGACGCGUCAUCUCCUGAGCGCAGUUGACCUAUCGAUCUUAUCUUUGUUGUUGUUCCUCCGUAUACUUCCGAUGGCUGGGGAUACGCACCACACCGGCAUAGUGGGUGUCAUUGUGGGUGCAGUGGUGUUGUUUGUGGCCUUGAGUACGAUCCCAUUUCCCAUCUGUCUGUCAACCCUAGCAGCGUCCCAAGAUACCCUUCCUUUUCCCGAGCCGGCCUGGGUCGCACCAUCACCCCACGACGAGCCCAACCUGCAUGACACAAUGGAGGCCGAUCGAGUAUCUGGGAGGAGAAACAUCCUGGUCCUCAACCGUUGCCACCAUGUCUUCCAUGCGUCCUGUCUCGCAUCAUGGUUCGAAUACCAUCAGUAUAGGUGCCCGAUUUGUCAGACAUCAUAUUUCAGCGAAUAG